UGGCCCUGGGCUCCUUCCUCCCUUUUGGAAGGAGCGGGGAUAGAAAUGUAGCAGUGGGAGCAAAUCAAGCUGGCCCGCUGCUUAAGCGCCGGUGGAGCCGCCACCUCCGCACUCAACAGAGUCCGGCUGGCCAGCUUUUGUAGGGAAGGGGGCGGCGAGCUUCUCAGCAUUGCCUUCGGAGCUGGCUAGGUUUGGCUGAGGGGCCGGACCCCUGCGCUUUGCGUCCUGCGCGGGCCUCGGCCCACUGGCCUCCAGUGUUGGAGCCGCCGCCAGGCCUGGGCGAGUCUGCCUUUCCUGCGCCGCUUCUCCGGCGACGAAGCGGUCCCGGCGAGCGAGGGCCGGCUUUGAGUCCUGGCGGCCGGGCACCAAAGCGGGCGGAACCUCUCCGGCUGCCGCAAGGAAGAGGCCGGCCGAGCUCAGGACAAAGGCGCGUCCCCGGGCGGCUGAGGAGGAAGCGGAGCCUGCUCCUGCGGCGGAGUCUCUCCGACGGCGGCAGGAGGCGGCUGAGGCGGGCAGCGAAGCUGCUCUCUGCUUCUGGGCGAGCUGCUCCCGCUGUCGUGUGCCCAUAGAGCGGCGGCCCGACCCAGCCGGAGGGGACUGCUACUCCCCCACGCGCUCGCCCAGUGGAAUCGGCUGGGGCAGCCCCACCUCUUGCCGCUUCCUUCCCUCUCUUGCACCCCUAUCCCCGGCCCGGCUGCCGCGGCGUCCCCUUUAGAGGCCGCCCUCUGGCCCUCGGCACCGUGCAGCGAGGGGUCUGCCGUCCGCAGCCUUCUGAAGCGCUGCGCUGCGCUCCGCACGGGCGGCGUCCGCCCUCGCCGCUGCGGCGUGGCCCAGGAUGGACCAGUCCGUGGCGAUCCAGGAGACGCUCUCUGCAGGAGAGGCCUGCCUCGCCGCCGUGCAGGGGGUCCUGACGCGGGAGAAGAGCAUGGAGAGCCGGCUGCUGGGCCUCGUGGAGAGCCGCGGAAAGAGCAUGAUCUGUGUGUACACCCACCGGCGCAUGGCUAUCACUGCAGAUGACGUGUGCCUGGAGAGAGUCCUUCUCAUGCAGGACGGAUUUGCUGUGGAGGAAGUCCCCCAGGAGAGUGACCUGCAUGUUCCAGGGUCUGAUGUAACUGUCCAGAUAAUGUCAAGCGACGCAAUCUUGCUGGUGCGGCUGCCUUUUGGCUCACAGACCCAAAACUUCUUGAGAGAGGUCAGGAAGCGCUGCAGCCCAGGAGUCGCUGGGAAUGAAGACCCGAAGCAACGAGGGAAGCCACUGUCAGUCAUGAGCCAGGGGUGCGGUGCAAGUGGUGUCCACACAGCUGCAGCUGCUGCUACUGGUGCUGCUGCUGCUCCCAGGCUCAGGAAUGAAGUCACCAGCGAGAUGGUCCGAUCCUCAAGUGUGCUGGUGUCGGACACGGUGCGGGGCUUGUCCAUGCAGACUUUUGGGCUGAGAGAUACCAUCAUAAGGUCCCAUCUUCUGCAGAAAGAGGAUUUGUACACGCACCUCCAAAGCUUCAAGUUUUUUGUUGGGACAUACAAUGUGAACGGCCAGUCCCCCACGGAGCCGCUCCAGCCUUGGCUGACCCGAGACGCUGACCCUCCAGACCUUUACUGUGUGGGCUUCCAAGAGCUGGACCUGAGCAAAGAGGCCUUUUUUUUUAACGACACGCCGAAAGAAGAGGAGUGGCUUAAAGCCGUUACGGAAAACCUUCACCCGGGGGCCAAGUAUGCCAAGGUAAAGCUUAUCCGGCUUGUCGGGAUCUUGAUGCUGUUGUAUGUAAGGUCUGAGCUUGCUGUGCACGUUUCUGAGGUGGAGGCCGAGAUGGUUGGCACAGGCAUCAUGGGGAGGAUGGGCAACAAGGGUGCCGUGGCCAUUCGCUUCAGGUUGCACAACACUUCCAUCUGCAUGGUGAAUGCCCACCUGGCAGCCCACACCGAAGAGUACGAGCGGCGGAACCAAGACGUCCGCGACAUCUGUGCCCGCAUGCAGUUCUGCCAGCUGGAGCCUGGCCUCCCACCCCUCGCCAUUGGCAAGCACGAUGUUGUCUUGUGGUUGGGAGACCUGAACUACAGGCUGGAGGAACAGGACACAGAGCGGGUGAAGAAGCUUGUGGAGGCCCAGGAGUUCCACAGCCUUUAUCAGCAUGACCAACUGAAAAAUCAGAUGGAGACAAAGAUGGUCUUUGAAGACUUUAUGGAGGGAGACAUUUCCUUCCCGCCAACUUACAAAUACAACACGGGUUCCAAUGACUGGGACACCAGUGAAAAAUGCCGCACUCCAGCCUGGUGUGACCGCAUCCUAUGGAAAGGGAAGAACAUCUCUCAGAUGAGUUACCAAAGCCACAUGGCUUUGAAGAACAGUGACCACAAGCCAGUCAGUGCUAUGUUUGACAUUGGGGUGAAAGUGGUGGAUAAGGAGCUCUAUCGCAAAGCCUUUGAGGAAAUUGUGCGCUCCUUGGAUAAGAUGGAGAAUGCCAGCAUCCCGUCGGUCACUCUCUCCAAGCGGGAGUUCCUUUUCAAGGAUGUGAAGUACAUGCAGCUUCAAGUGAAGCCUUUCACCAUCCGUAAUGGGCCAGUCCCCUGCCAGUUUGAAUUCAUCAACAAGCCAGAUGAAGACUCCUAUUGCAAGCCGUGGUUGAUGGCAAACCCUAGCAAGGGCUUCCUGUUGCCUGAUGCUGAGGUGACAGUUGAGUUGGAAUUGUUUGUGAAUAAGUCAACAGCAACACAUUUGAACUCUGGAGAGAACAAGCUUGAGGACAUCCUGGUCCUGCAUCUCGAUCGGGGCAAGGAUUAUUUCUUGUCUGUGUCGGGGAACUACCUGCCCAGCUGCUUUGGGUGCCCUCUGCAGACGCUGUGUCACAUGAGGGAGCCUAUCCAAGAGAUGUCACCAGAGGCCAUCCAGGAGCUGACGCUGAUGCCGCUGCGGCCAGGUGAUGAUGCCUCCUGGGGCGAGAAGCCCUUGGACAUUCCCAAGGAGUUGUGGAUGAUGGUCGACUACCUGUACCGCAAUGCAUGCCAGCAGGAAGACCUCUUCCAGCAGCCAGGCCUGAGGACUGAAUUUGAACAGAUCCGCGAUUGCUUGGACACAGGGAUGCUGGACACGCUCGAUGGCAGCAACCACUCAGUGGCUGAAGCUUUGCUGCUCUUCUUGGAGAGCCUUCCUGAACCGGUCAUCUGCUACAGGCUGUACGACAGCAGCUUGGAGAGUGCCGACAGCCACGUGCUGAGCAGCCAGGUACUUUCCACGCUGCCCAAGUGCCAUAAAAAUGUCUUCAGUUACCUCAUAGCAUUUCUGCGGGAACUGCUGCAACACUCUGGGAAAAACCACUUGGAUGUGAAUAUUCUUGGUAGUCUAUUUGGGGGCUUACUGCUACGUCCCCCUCCUGGCCACCUGAAGCCGGGCAUUGCCGAGAAGCGGAAAGCUCAGCAAUUCAUCCAGCAGUUCCUUUUGCGGGAAGGGGGCACACUGUGAAGGCUGUGGACUCCUCAUUUUAUAGGCUAUUACUUCUGUAAUAGUUAUUAUGUAUAUUCAGAAUACUAGAUCUUGCAGUAUUUUAAUGACUUUGUGUGUACGGAUGUGUACAUACUUUUUAGUUCUGGAGUACAGGUCAGGUAUGAAGAAUCAGCUGCCACUGUGUUAGCAACAUUAUAAAGCACAGUAAAUUUCAAAGUGCACUUUUAUUUUAAACUAGUGGUCGAUAUGCACACUAUAUCGUAACUGUGAUGUCACAUUUUGUGAUAAAACAAUUUUAUCUCUAUUUCCCAUUGCCUUAAUACUUAACCUUUGAAAACCUAACUAAGCGACUUUUAUAAUCAAAGAAAGAAUGCAACUUUAAUAUAAUUAAACAUUUUAAGUUUUUAAUGUU